CAUUCAUCAUCCGCUUGCUUGCUGUCCGGCCAGAGCAACGAUUGGCCAUGGGUUCCACCAAGCCACUCCGGCUGAUCCAGCACAAGAAGGAGGCCCUCUGGUUCUACAGCUUCAUCUCCUUCGGCUACGACCAUGUGUUCAACCCAGGCCAGUACACCGAGGACAUGCGCGACAUCUCCCUGGAGCAUGCCCGCCUCCAUAGCCGCGCCCUCAAGGUGGUCGACGUCGGUGGUGGCACUGGCUUCACCACGCUCGGCGUCGUCCGGUAUGUCGACCCCGAGAACGUGACGCUGCUCGACCAGUCGCCGCACCAACUCGACAAGGCCAGAAAGAAGAAGGCCCUCAGGGGCAUCAAGAUCAUGGAGGGUGACGCCGAGGACCUCCCCUUCCCCACCGACACCUUCGACCGAUACGUCUCCGCUGGCAGCAUUGAGUAUUGGCCUGAUCCGCAGCGGGGGAUCAGGGAGGCCUACAGGGUCUUGAGUGCGGACGGCGUGGCUUGUAUGAUAGGCCCCGUUCGCCCGACGUUCUGGCUAUCUCGCUUCUUCGCUGACAUGUGGAUGCUCUUCCCCACGGAGGAAGAGUCAAGACACAAAGCGGAGACUCCCCCUUGCAGCUUGGUCCGAAGGCUGAGGAUGUUAGCAAGCCACAUGUGAACCCCAUAUUCGUCUUCUUUCGGUUCCUCAUUGGGACAAUAUGCGCCACAUACUUCUUCCUAGUGCCCAUUUACAUGUGGAUCAAGGACAAGAUUGUGCCCCAAGGCCGGCCUAUCUAACUGAGGAUGCUGCCUGGCAGGAGGAGACAAGAUCGGAGUCAAUAUCUGAUCUAAGCCGUGAAAAUACCCCUUCUGUUUCAUGUUGUAUUGUGUAUCUAUACAUAUGUGGACAAGUAUCAUUGGCUCCGUGGCCGUCAGAAGAUCGAUGUAUCAUUGGCUCGGUGCAUCAACCAAUAGAGAGGCAGCUGCUCGAGGACAUGGGAAACUAAUUGAUCAGACUUGUUUCCUGCUUAUGUAUCUCUCUUCGACUUGUGUGGACCCCUAAGAAGGUCCAUCAUCUCCAUGUACAAAUAAAUCAAGGAGAAGUCAUUCGUUGUAACACAAAGUGGGUAUAUAAACAAUGGAGUUGUCUACUA